UCGCGUUCUAUCGUUAUCUCUACGCUAUCUUUCUCGCGUGUACGUCUCCCUCUCUCUCCUUCCCAGAGAAGCGGCGAUCAUCGUCGGGCCGGAGGCGGCAGCGGCGGCAGAGGAGGAGUUCAGGGUGCGGGCGGAGAUGGAUCCGGACGCGCUGGCGAAGGCAUUCGUGGAGCAUUACUACCGGACGUUCGACACGAACCGGGCGGGGCUGGGGAGCCUCUACCAGGAGGGCUCGAUGCUGACCUUCGAGGGGGCGAAGACGCAGGGGGCGCAGGCCAUCGUCGCCAAGCUCAUCAGCCUCCCCUUCCAGCAGUGCCAGCACCAGAUCUCCACCGUCGACUGCCAGCCCUCCGGUCCCGCCGGCGGCAUGCUCGUCUUCGUCAGUGGCUCCCUCCAGCUCGCCGGCGAGCAGCACUCCCUCAAGUUCAGCCAGAUGUUUCAUUUGAUGCCGACCCCUCAAGGCAGCUUCUAUGUGCUGAAUGACAUAUUCCGGUUGAACUAUGCUUGAGGAGCCACAAAGCAGCUGGUUGUGACAGGAAGUCUAGGAGAUAGACUGUUUUGUGUUAUGGGUUUUUUUCUAUGGAAUGAGGAUCGUUGUUUUCUUAUUUAGCUGUUUAUUUCCCUUUUCUGUUGAAUGGAUAAUUUGGAAAAAGGAAUGUUAAAACCUGUCAUAGUAUAAAAAUGAAACUAUGAUCAUUUCUAUAUAUCAUUUACUCCUGUCUGAGGGGAGGCACAUGCUGUUUUCUUCAGAAGUUAAUUAUGAAAUGACUAGUUUUGAGGGC